UCUGCGUGUUGUGAAUUGUUGUCCUCGAGAAACAUUUACAGUGAUUUACCUAUUUGUCUCUCGUCAACGGAAACCCACCAUUGUGAAUAGGUUGCUUAUUUAAUUUUCUGUAAGGCAGUAAGUGGUGAUUGAGUUGUGAAGAGCGCCAUGUCGCUCGUGCGGAGACCCAGCCAGGAGUUGAGCGAGAAACAGUUUGGGAAACUGUCGUUUUCCGACACGAAGGUUUCCUCUCGUCGACCGGAUAGUGUCCGUAAUUCUGUGGGCAUCGUGGCGUCCGUGGAACGGGAGGAGAGCGCUGUGGCGCGACGUUUCGCGGGUGGAUUCGCUGUUCUGCAGGCUGGCAACGUAGCCGAGAGUCUGGUGAAGGCCUUCCUGGGCGCCGACGAACGCGCGCUGCGGAAGGUGCAGAGUGUGUCGAACGGGAAGCAGCUGCUGGAUGCCUGUGUGGGAUACCGCGUUGACGUCUUCGGCGUGCUGACCAGCACACUGCUGCCCGAUUUAGCGGCGCUGUGGACAGCUGCUGCCGUGCGCGACGCACCACCACUGUCCGCUCCUGUCUGCCCUGCUUUUGAUUUUUCCCUCGCUGCCCUGCACCAGAAGUUGGGAAGCGCUAACAUCAUGACGCACGAACAACACCGUGCGUACUUGGACAACUUAACCGUGGAGUCACUGUUGAAGAACACGCGCGCUACCAUGGACAAGUACGCUCUUGAGAGACCGGUUUCUAACAAGGAAUGGUUGGUGGAAUGGUUGGAAGUGCUGCGUAUUCUGUUCCCGCGAAAUGCCGGGUACGUCGUGUUUAGCGGACGCACUGAGUUUGAAUUGGGCGCGGAGCUGGAUUACGGCGCAGUACUGACAGCGGAUUACAGUCCCAAGGUGGUGCUGAUCGUCAAAGGGUUCCUGGGCCGGUGGUCUGGCCGCGAGCGGACGGGUGAGCACCAGCAGGAGUGGGACCUGUUUUAUCUGUCCAAGAAAAUGCGGGCUGACGGAGUCGCCUCUUUUCCCGAGCGCAUGUUCUGGCUGUGUUUUCGUGGGGUCCACUGUGGCGUUGGAUGGCAAGAGGGAGAGGCGUUCCCCCAGCGCUUCUGGCCCGGUCACUAUGACAUUUACUACGACGUGCGCAGCGAGGAUUCGGUCAGAAUGCUGUGCAGCUUUGUUAAGGGGGUUGUGGAUAGAAUGGUGCAGAAUUAUUAUGCUGAUGACGGUGAAAAAGCUGUAGUGUUUUCGACUGUCCUUACUUGUAGCUGA